AUGUCGUCGUCGGAAGGUGCACCGGAGUCAUGGAUCUCCUCUUUCUGCUCCUUGAUGGGCCAUGAGUUCUUCGCCGAAGUUUCCGAGGAUUUCAUCGAGGAUGACUUCAACCUCACUGGCCUUCAGUCGCAAGUGCCCAUGUACAAGGAGGCGUUGGAAAUGAUCUUGGACGUGGAGCCGGAGGAGGACGACGAGGAUGAGGAGGAAGAGGAAGAGGAGGAGGAUGAAGAUGAGAUACUGGGCGAUGACAAGCCUCCGGGCUACCGGAGAGCUGGAGAGCGCAGGCAUGCACGGGUGGCAAGCGAUUUGAGUGUGAUUGAGAGCUCUGCCGAGUUGUUAUACGGUUUGAUCCAUCAACGGUACAUCACUUCGCGGCCUGGCAUUCAGCAGAUGCUUGAGAAGUACGAGAUGCAACAUUUCGGUGUCUGCCCCAGAGUGUACUGCAAUGGUUGCAGGGUCCUGCCCGUGGGUCGCUCAGAUACCCCGGGUCAGGAGACCGUCAAAUUGUUCUGUCCCAGUUGCCAGGACCUCUACACACCUCCCAACAGUCGCUUCCACUCGGUCGAUGGCGCCUUCUUCGGUACCACUUUUGGGUGCCUGUUCUUUAUGACUUUCCCCGAUUUGGACAUCGGAUCUCGGAUGGACAAUUCCCUGUCAGCUCUUUCCCCCACGCGUUCUUCCUCCUUGACAUCUUCCUCGAUCAACAACCAGGUGUCACCAGAUGUGCCCCCUCCCAAUCAGCCCGUCGAGAUCAACGGCAUGCGCACGGUCAAUUUCAGCCCCGGUCUCGGCCCGGGCCGCAUUUAUGAAUCGCGAAUUUAUGGAUUUCGUGUCUCAGAGAGAUCACGAUCAGGCCCGCGCAUGAAGUGGCUGCGCAUGAAGCCAAUUGAUAUCCGUGAGCUGGACGAGAUGUCUCGUUACGAAGCGCUACAUGGAGAGGCCGACAACGAUGGCGAUACGGAGAUGGGCAGUGGUAACGGCGCCGCUGCUCAGAACGCCGCCAUCGCCAGACGGAAGAAAGCCCCAAUGCGAAGGCGCCGAUACAAUCCGGAUCAGAUGAGCAUCAACGGCGCAGAAGCUGGUUGA